AUGGAUGGCUUGUUCUCAUCGAAAAAGCAAAAGGAUCAGCUGGUUUACAAAACCGUUAUAGAUGGUUUGAGAAACCUGUACUUUAAGCACCUUCUUCCACUUGAAUCGGCUUAUAAGUUUCAUGAGUUUCACUCUCCCGCUUUGGAGCAGGCGGACUUCGAGUCUACUCCGAUGGUCUUGCUUGUUGGUCAAUAUUCGACAGGCAAAACCACAUUCAUCCGAUACUUGAUUGGAGAAGACUUUCCGGGAAUGCGUAUUGGCCCUGAACCCACCACUGACAAGUUUAUUGCUAUCAUGCAUGGCGAGCAAUCCUCUAUCAUACCUGGGAAUGCUCUUGUUGUCGACCCAAAGAAACAAUUCCGCCCCCUCUCAUCUUUCGGAAACAACUUUUUGAACCGCUUUCAAUGUUCUCUUCUGAACAAUAAAGUUCUUGAGGGAAUUUCUCUGGUCGAUACCCCUGGUAUUCUUAGUGGUGAAAAGCAACGACUUGGUCGUGGUUAUGAUCUCACUGGUGUCAUCGAGUGGUUCGCUCACCAUGUCGAUCGUAUCAUUCUGCUUUUUGAUGCCCACAAAUUGGACAUCUCCGAUGAAUUCAAAUCCGUUAUCGAGGCUAUUAAGGGCAACGAGGAUAAAGUUCGUAUUGUUCUCAAUAAGGCUGACAUGGUUGAUUUUCAACAACUCAUGCGUGUCUAUGGUGCCCUGAUGUGGAACCUUGGAAAAAUUUUGGGGACUCCCGAGGUCGCUCGUGUUUACAUUGGUAGCUUCUGGGAUCAACAGCUACACUUCGAUACUAACCGUCGUCUUUUUGAGUUGGAACAAGCUGAUCUCUUUCAAGAUCUUCAAAGCCUCCCCGCUUAUUCCACCGUUCGUAAGCUGAAUGAUCUGAUCCGUCGAGCUCGACUUGCUAAGGUUCACGCCUACAUCAUCUCUGAACUCAAGCGUCAAAUGCCCGCUUUGAUUGGCAAGGAGACCAAAAAGAAGGAGUUGAUUGCCAGCCUGCCAGCAAUCUACGAGAACCUCUCUCGCACCCACCACAUCUCUAUUGGUGACUUCCCACCGAUAGACAAGAUGAAGGAGCUACUGUCCAAGCAGGACUUCAAAUCUUUCAGCUCUCUUCAACCCAAGCUCAUUUCUGGUGUCGACAAGAUGCUCUCUGAUGACAUUGCAAAACUGAUGCAACUUAUUCCUCAAGAACAAAGGUCUGAUUCUGAAGCUUACCGUCCACGUGUUGAGGGUGGUGCUUUCGAUAACUGCGAGACACCUUUCGGUUAUGGAGCUUCUGAAGGUAUCAACCGCGGCAAAUUUGAGUGUUCCUGGAUUGUUGAACGUGAAGUUCCUGAAGCUUUUGAGCUUUUCAAUAAACUCGACACGGUGAGUGGUAAAAUGAGUGGAGAAACUGCUCGUGUUGAGCUGCUCAAGUCGCACCUGCCUGCUGCCACUCUUCGUCGUAUCUGGACUCUGAGUGAUGUUGACAAGGAUGGUUACUUGACUGUUGAUGAGUUCGCGUUAGCCAAAUACCUAAUCAAAUUGAAGUUGGAAGACCACGAGUUGCCUGCCACCCUUCCCGAACACCUCUAUCCACCCUCAAUGCAAGCCUAUAAGCCGGUGCGAAAUGGUGCUGGAAGUACUAAUGGAUCCAUUCAAAGCAUUCCUAACUCCUCUUCAAUUUCGGCAAAUGGCGGUGAUGCGUAG